AGGCUGGUCAGUGCCUCACUAUGGCAACCCCUGUACACAGUAAAAUCUAUGCUUGUUGUUUGUGGAUUAUUCCUUGGGAUAGGACACAAAUUGCUACAGUUUGCAAGUGUGUUCUGGAAUUCAGGAAAGAUCAUUCUGUCAGAGUGACAAUGUCAUCAAGUCCUCAGGGAUUUCAUAGCCAAAGUGUCCUGCCCUUGUUCAUGGGUAAAGGCAGAAAUAUCACCUUUAUUUUGGACUCCUCUGUGGGAAUGAAUGACUUUUUAGGACCAGUGAAGAAUCUUAUAAUCCAAACCCUAAUAACUAAAGCUUCCCUCAGAGACUCACUCUUCAACAUUAUCAGCUUUUCAUACAAGGCAACACCAUGGUCUUCGUAUAUGAUGCCCUGUACACCUGAUACAGUCUAUGAAGCCUUGAGUUGGAUCCACACAUUACGGACUAGUCCUGGCAGAGACCUCAGUGCACCACUGGCCUUAGCAUUCUCCGAUCCUGCCUGUCAGUCUGUCCAUUUAGUGACCAGCGGUCUCCCAGACAACCCCACACAUUGCCUGGGUUCAUUGUCAACCCUGGUGACCCGCCCUGUGCAUACAUUUUACAUAUCUGACCAGAGUCCCAUGAUAGCUGACAUUUCAGACUUUUUGCAGUGCAUCACUUCCACCACUAGAGGAAGCUGUUAUGUCAUGUCCCUCAAUUCAGUUGGUGUUGUGGACCAGGCCAGUUUGUUGCAUUCAAUGGAUGGCCAGAUUCAAGAACCAUCAUACUUAGAGGACGGAUGGCAUUCAGGGGUGGACUUCCAUCAGGUCCCAUACUACAACUAUAUCCCUUGUGUCUGUUCAGCUCCAAACUGGUGUUCACCUAGGAAUCCUUUUAGUGCAGUGUCUUGGGUAUCCGCAAGGGCAGUGAGAGGUGCUGAGCUUUUUCCCGGCUGCCGUGUGUUAGCCAGGAGGGAGGUAGACGGGUUUUACUACCUGGGAACAAUCGUACAUCAGAGCAGAGGAAGUCUUUUUGUGGUGGAAUUUGAUAACCCGGGACCCAAGGCAAACACCUUUAACGAAAAGAUAAAUACAGUUCAGCUAACUUGCCAGCCUGAUAUGGUCAGUCUAGCCAAUGGGCAUGGGCACAGUAUAGUACCAUUGGACACUGUUCUAGCUCCAUGGGAGCCAGACCUGAAAAGAUAUGGGCCUGGAAGGGUCAUCUCUGGUUUAGAGCUAAGAAAUUCAUUAAAAGGCAAUGAAGGUGAUGUUGGACUCCAGGUUCUCUUCUGGAAUGGGAUUUCAACACAUGUGCCCAAAGAUCUUGCCGUAUGGAUUCCAGCUUCUCAACACGAGCAUAUCGUCAAAGACCUGCAG